AUGCGCGCCAGCUCGGAGCUGCUGCUCGACGCCAAGGUGCGCCAGCUGCUCGCCGAGCAGGAGGAGCGCCGGCUCAAGUUCCUCGAGCUGAGUCGCAUCAGCGCCGAGGCCGCCCAGCGCAAGAAGCUCAAGCCGAGGCGCACGUGCAAGCAGCGGCUCGUCUUCUACGCGACCUCGAGCCUGGCCCUGGCCGCGAUCUCGGGCGGCUGCGCCCUGCUGUUCCUGGUGCCGCUCUACGUGGACCCGGCCAUCAGCACGCUGAGCGCGGACUUCUUCCCCGAGCCGGUCCUGUGCACGACGACGAGGCGCGACGAGCUCUGGGGCCUGUUCAACUGCACGUGGUCGUCGUGCCGCGAGGGCUGCACCAGCGAGUACUACCGCUGCACCCACAUCUACGUGUCGUACACGCCCUGGUCGAACUACAGCGAGGACAGCGCCGAGGGCGAGCCCGACCCCGUGGACGGCGUGCUGCUGGUCAACAUCAAGGGCUGCGGCUACCCGCCGGCCGUCGACUGCGACAACUUCACGCGCCUCAUGGGCCAGGAGGGCUCGCAGUUCCCCUGCUACUACAGCCGGGUCAACGGCAGCGUCGUCAUGGCCGAGUACGAUCGGCAGGCCGAGGUCGACGUCAUACUGCACUACUUCGCGCUGCCGCUCGUCACGACCCUCGCCACCACGGCCCUGCUCUGCGUCAUGCACUGCGACUGCAGCUGCCAGCCGCCGCCCUCGAGGAGGUAUCGCAACAACAGGAGGGUGGCGUCCUCCGGCCAGCAGCAACCGCAUCAGCAGCAGGCCUCGAGGCCCGACGACCUUAGUGUGCACUCGAUCAGUACGCGAGUCGAGCGACGAAGCCGCCGACUUACGCACUUCGAGUGCGGUGAGGUCGUUUACCACAGGCCCUUAUGACGACGCGACGAGACGGCCGAGACGAUAUUGUCGACUACCUCUUGAGCCGUCUCCCUGUCUUUCUCUUUCUCUUUCUUUCUCUCCCAUUCUAUAACUUUUGCAUUUUGUACAUAUUUUUAUUUUAUUUUUCAAGCUCUGCGUCUUCUCUGGCAUUGUUGUACAAACGGCACGAGGAACAAUGGUCCAGCGGCGAACUUUAACACGACCUUUCGUGCUUUUGCGCCCCUCUCGCUAAUAGCUGUUUUAUUACUUGUAAGCUGAGAUGUAUUUUUGACUCUUGGAUGAGCAUAUCUUUUCAUUCUUGAGUGAAAAAAAGCUUCCUAUUUACGAGGAGUAAAAGGAAAGCGCACAAGCUUUUGUUUGCGUUUAUUAAGUAGCAAUUUAAAACCUUUCUUUUCAUUAUGCAAUACCUUAUAGCUGGCGCCUUUUAGACAAGCACUUUCUUUAUAUAUACUGGAGAUUUUGUAACAAUUUCUGAGAAGCUAACGUUUUAAACGGGUAAUUAGAGUUUUUACUACCGAAAGUUUUUUCAUACAAAUCAUUAAAACGACUGUCUGACCAAAUUAUGGUAUAGCUACUUGUCUAUGAGAAUAUAAUUGUCACCGUAAUAGUGGACGUGCGGUUAAAGCUCUUUUUAAAAUUUACAAAGCCAAACCCGAAUGGAACUGUUGUAAAAACUUUCAACGCAGGAGGAAAAUAUCCGAACGGAGCAUGUAAUUAUAAUGUUUUUAAAUGAGAGCACGUAAUUGGCCUUAUGAUCUUGUCUAGUUUCUAGCUUAUUUUUUUAUUUCAUACAAAUCUAUAGAUUUUUCUUUAUCCUCUUCUUCGGAAAGCAAUAGCUCCACGGCGCACUCCUGUGUCCCUUCUCUGCACUUAGAGACAUCGAUAACAGCUGAGGCUACUUUAAUUGGCCCGAUCUACUUGAGUCGUCCACUGAUCUGCAGCACUUGCUCUUCGACUCGUUUUCCGCUUAUUGAACACGGCACAAGUCAGUAUCCAUGCCAUGGACAGAAACUGCACGAGGACUCGUCGAGCAAACGACAUCGAGGAAAAAGCAUGUCGUCACAGAGCUGGAAUCGUGACGUCUUAUCGCCCAAUGGACUAAUUAGUGUGUAUUGCUUUGAGGAAAAUAAAACAAAAAAUAUAUAUUUUUACAUAGGGAAUAGAUUUUAAGUACAAUCAUGCUUUGUGCGGAGGGCACUCGUAUAUAAUAUACAGCUAUUUUCAUCGAUUUUCGCGUGAGCAACUAAGUUUUUAUAGAAAAAUCAAUUGAGUUAAAACCUGAAUGCAUGUAUUCAUGAUAUUAUUUAAUGGCCUACAAAUGAAAAAGAAACUUAUGUAGUAAUAUUUUACGGGAAUUUUGAAGAUGAAUUCAGAGUACGACUCGAAGUUAUUAUAAAUUAUUAAAAACUAAAAAUAUGUGAUGGAACUCCUAGUUCUCGUAACAAUAGAAUAAGAAAUAGGCUGUGAUUGUAAUUAGCUUCCUCGAUUUCAAUUUUUCCUCAUCGAAUGAUAAAAUAAUCUCUUGAAUUAUGUUUUUUUUCCUAUUUCCAUUAAAAGCUUAUGAUUAAUUUUGAAACAUAUCAAAAUAUGAAUACACUUACUAAAUGAAUUUUAUAGCCUCGACUAAAAUUGUAUAACAUUUUUAAUAUAAACAACAAAUACGAAUGAUACCACUUAUAUCAGAAAUUGUCGCCAUCUUUCAAUUUGAUACCAAUUUUAAAAAGCAAUAAUCGUGAUAGCUAUAAUAAUCAAGUAACAAUUGUAAAUACAAAUUCGUAGUUUCGAAAAAUUAUGUCAGCACUGCCAUGCUUAUACCCAAUUCGAAAACUAACGAAUGUAGCUUAAUUAUUUUUAAUAAAUAUAUAUUAAUACAUACCCGA